CGAGGCGCAAGUUCGGUCGCCCUUCUGUUGCCCGCCGGCUGAAGGGUUUACGCUGCAGUCAUGGUGGAUGUGAUGGAGUUGCCCAGGUCGCGCAUCAACGCCAGCAUGCUAGCUCAAUUCAUCGACCGGCCUGUGUGCUUCGUGGGGAGGCUGGAAAAGAUUCAUCCCACUGGAAAAAUGUUUAUUCUUUCAGAUGGAGAAGGAAAACAUGGAACCAUUGAGUUGUUGGAGCCCCUUGAUGAAGAAAUCUCUGGAAUUGUGGAAGUAGUUGGAAGAGUAACAGCCAAGGCAACCAUUAUGUGUGCAUCUUACAUACAGUUUAAAGAAGAUAACCAUCCUUUUGAUCUUGGACUUUACAAUGAAGCUGUGAAAAUCACCCAUGAUCUCCCUCAGUUUUUUCCUUUGGGGACUGUGCAAUAUGAUUGAUAUUUAUGAAUUUUCUGAUUGCACAUGAGCUACACUAAAGACUAUUAAAGGAGGUCCCUGAUAUUGCAGAUUUUCUUGCGAGUUUUAGUAUUUAAUUUGUUAUCUUUUAAUUUCAUUUACCUGUUAGAUAUUCCCACUUGUCAUUUUUGAUGGGACAGAUAUAUUGACACUUUUCACAUAUGUCCUUAUAAAGAAUCACUUCUCCAGUAUAUGGCCAAAUCAGAUGCAAGAACAUAGCAGUUGUCUGAAUUUAGUUUUCUGUUUUAUUAAUAAAAGUUUAAAUGGUA